CAGAAAGAAAUUCACGGUCACCAGCUCUAGACCACACAAUCACAAUCUCUCACUCUCAGCUCACAUUAUAACCCUCCUCUCCUCCUCCCUUCCCCCUUGCUUUCCUCAUCCUCAGCGCCUCAAGAAAACAUCCACACGAGCACCAACUCAGUCAUUCUAAGCUGAAGUAAUGGCCGCCGUCACCUCCGCCGCCGUCGCCAUCCCCUCCUUCACCGGCCUCAAGGCCGCCCUUCCCGCCAAGCCCGCCAUCUCUGCUAGGGUCCCCGCAGCCCCCCUGGCCCCUAGGAUGGCCGUGAGGGCCUCCCUGAAGGAUGCCGUCGGCGCCGCCGCCAUCGCCACCGCCACGAGCGCCCUCCUGGCUGGCAACGCCAUGGCGAUCGAGGUCCUCCUGGGGGCCGAGGGGGGAGAGCUCGUGUUCGCGCCGAAUAACUUCACGGUGAGCUCCGGCGAGAAGAUCGUGUUCAAGAACUACGCCGGGUUCCCGCACAACGUGGUGUUCGACGAGGACGAGAUCCCGAGCGGCGUGGACGCGACGAAGAUCUCGAUGCCGGAGGAGGAACUGUUGAACGGCCCCGGCGAGACCUAUGCCGUGACCUUGACCGAGAAAGGCACGUACAGCUUCUACUGCUCGCCCCACCAAGGAGCCGGCAUGAUAGGCAAGGUUACCGUCAACUGAGUUUGAUGAUAUUGUAAAAGACGUGAUGAUUCUCGUAUUCUUCUCGUUUUUUUUUUUAAUUCUCUCGUGGAGGUUGAGGAAUAUCUGUAUUGUUAAUUUGGAGAAUGAGAGGAUGUACGGGGAUCAUGAAAACUAGGAAAACGCCUUACGUAUUGCAUUUUGCUCGCCUUGAAUGAUGUAGAUGAAUUGUGCAAAUUUAUAACUCUGAACCAUUUGGUUUUUCUA